GAGGCAUAAACAAACCGCACAAGCGAGUGCGAGCAAGAGGGCGUGCGUGAGAGCUUGCCGAAAGAGCGCGCGAUAGAGAAAGGUGGCGAGAGAAAGGGAGAGCGAAAAGCUUCAUGCAGAAAAACAAGAAACAGCGCAAAACAUCUGGAGAACAUGGAGGGCGCCAGUCGCAGCAGGAACUCCUCCACGAGUCACAGUCAAGGUCGCGGACAGGACAUUGAGGAUCUCAAGCAAGACAUUCCCUACUUUGACGAACCACCGGCCCUCGAUGCCGAUUUGCUUGUGCUGGGCAAGAGCGAAUGCCAAUUGGACGAGCUGGCCUGGGAUCGCGAUGCGGAUGCGGAUGUGGACGCGGAUGUAGAUGCGCCGCUAGAGACGGCACCUGCCGUCGAUCUCGAGGAGGAUAACUAUCCGGAUGAGAACGAGAGCUCGGUGCUGGGCAGCGACUAUGCGCCCAGUGGGAGUGGCAGUGGUGCGAACAGUUUCUAUCAAUCGCCCACGCCCUCUGGCGCCGGAUCCGGUUGCGAUCUAAUGCUCCGACCGCCCUCCAAUUCCAUGUACCACUUCAAUUACCGAUCGCCGGGUAGUCCAAUGCCUGUGGCACCGGCAGUAGCCAACUCGCGAGGUCUGCAUCCGUAUGCACAUUCCCCGGCGCAUGGCAAUCCGCCUGGUUUCUAUCCGAACAUGUGGUAUCCCAAUGCACCAUACGGAUCGGCUGGAGCCGCAGGCGCAGCAGGCGCCGCAGGAGGAGCUGUGUCUGGUGGCAGGUACAUGGGCUAUGGACCAGGAGGAGCCAGUUCAAGUCCUGGUGCUGGGCCAGGAGCAAUGCAAGCGGCAUAUCCCGGACAUUCGGCUCACAUGCAUGCGCUGCAUCAUCAAUAUCCGCAGCCACAUCCGCACGCCCACCACCCGCAGCAUCCGCAUCAUUCACCGCAUCCGCACCACCCGCAUCCGCACGAGACCAUGAUGGAGAUGUUUCAGCUCUCGAAUAGUGGUCGGGAGGCGCGAAACCGGGCGGAAAAGAAUCGGCGGGACAAGCUGAAUGGAUCCAUCCAGGAACUAUCCACAAUGGUGCCCCAUGUGGCGGAGUCGCCACGUCGAGUGGACAAAACAGCCGUUCUGCGCUUCGCCGCCCAUGCACUGCGAUUAAAACAUGCCUUUGGCAACAGUCUGAUGCAGCAGCGGCCACAGAUCACGGACACACUGAUGGACAUGCUGGACAGCUUCUUCCUCACGCUCACCUGCCAUGGCCACAUACUGCUAAUCUCGGCCAGCAUUGAGCAGCACCUGGGCCACUGUCAGUCGGAUCUGUAUGGACAGAGCAUCAUGCAGAUCACCCAUCCCGAGGACCAGAACAUGCUCAAGCAGCAGCUGAUCCCCACCGAACUGGAGAACCUCUUUGACGCCCAUGGCGACUCGGCGGAUGCGGACGGUGAGCCACGCCAGCGCAGCAAAGCCGAGGAGGAUGCCAUCGAUCGCAAGUUGCGCGAGGACAGACGCAGUUUUCGUGUGAGAUUGGCUCGUGCGGGUCCCAGAUCGGAACCCACCGCCUACGAAGUGGUCAAGAUCGAUGGCUGUUUUCGGCGUAGUGACGAAGCGCCGCGCGGCGUGCGCUCCAAUCAUUUCAGCUCCAAUCUGCAGUUGAUCAGGAGGACUCGCGGUCGUGAUGAUGUCAUUCCUCUGCACACCAUUAGCGGCAACGAUAUCAUACUGACUGGCUGCGCCCGGAUCAUCCGUCCGCCAAAGAUCGCCAGUCGGCUGAUUGAUGCCAACACACUGGAGUACAAAACCCGUCACCUGAUCGACGGCAGGAUCAUCGACUGCGACCAGAGGAUUGGCAUCGUGGCCGGUUACAUGACCGAUGAGGUGCGCAAUCUCAGUCCAUUCACCUUCAUGCACAACGACGAUGUGCGCUGGGUGAUCGUGGCCCUGCGGCAAAUGUACGACUGCAAUAGUUCAUAUGGCGAGUCCACUUACCGCCUGUUCACCCGCAACGGAAACAUCAUCUACCUGCAAUCGAAGGGCUAUCUGGAGAUCGACAAGGAGACGAACAAGGUGCACUCCUUUGUCUGCGUCAACACGCUGCUGGGCGAGGAGGAGGGCAAGCGGCGGGUGCAGGAGAUGAAGAAGAAGUUCUCGGUGAUCAUUAACACCCAGAUACCGCAGUCCACCGUCGAUGUGCCCGCCUCCGAGCAUCCGGCUCUGCUGGAGAAGGCCGUGCUGCGGCUCAUCCAGAAUCUGCAGAAAUCCGGCGAGAAUGGCGGCCAUGAUGACGGCGAUGAGGACGAUGAUGCGCAGGACGACGACGACGAGGAGGAGGAUGAUGACGACGAUCAGGACGAUGGGGCACGGAGCAUGUCCGAAUUUGGCGAUCCCUAUGGCAGCCAUCAUGGUCGAUCGCAUCACGGUUCCUCGGCGCUUUCCUCCCACGGUCAUGGUAGCUCCAAGACGCCGCCCCUGGCACUGGUUCCACCGGAAACAUCCUCCGUCAAGUCGGCGAUCUCGAAGAGCAUCAGUGUGGUCAAUGUAACGGCGGCCAAGCAUCUGCGCGGUGUCCACGGAUCGGCGGCAGUCAAAUCGCCCAGCUCCUUGGGCAGUUGCACCUGCAGCGAGUCCCAUUCGCCCUGCGCCUUCUGCCAGGGUCCACCCACGCCCGAUCCCCAAGCGGUUGGGUUCACCCUGAAGAGGAGCAGCACUGCUCUGGCGGAAACCGAGGAGAAGAUGACCAAGCGGCGGUUCAUGCCCAGCACUGAAAUCGAGCACGUGCUGCACACGUCUCUGGACCAAAUCGGGCGAAAUCUGACCCAACAACUCAAUGUGGCCAGGAAUUUGCGGGAACAGAGCCAGCGAUACGAGUUGCCCCAUGCCAAUCAGCGAUUCGAUGAGAUCAUGCAGGAGCACCAGAAACAAAGUGAACUGUAUGUGAACAUCAAGAGCGAGUACGAGGUGCAGCUGCAGCACAAGGCCAGCACACGGAAGUCAUCGGAUUCGGAUCAAAAUCAGGAGGAACAGCCGCUUCAGGAGGAGGACCAGGACUAGAGAGAUAGGGAGUGCCCGUUCGGCUCUCGACUGAAGGGUUUCAUCGAUGUGAUAUGUAACUACUGUCCUGGCAGCCAGCUCAAGCCCAAACACACACACAAGGUGUCCCUAAUUCGUAAUAGAACCAAUUAUUCGGGGUUAGGUCAUUCGGUCAACUGAUGGGUAACUGCUGCGGAACAGAUUCAGAUACAGAUACAGAUACGGAUAGAUAUCCUCUUACCCCAACCUAUGAGUGAGCCUGAGACAAGCAUACUUUAGAUACCCCGCCCACAUGCACACACACACAUAUAUUUAUAUAUAUAUAUGUAGUAAUAUAUAUAUGUAUAUAGAUAUAUGUACAUAUAUACACUGUUUGUUCAGUUUGUUGUUUUUAACUUCCUGUCCCACGUAGAAGGACUUUUACAUGCAUGUAGAACUAGUUACCGCUGCCGUUUCCGUUUCCGGUUUCGUUUAGAAUGUUAGAAACAUUUUUAGUAGGUAAAUCCAAUUGCAACUGAUUCUUUCGAUUACAAUUUCUUAUUUGCUUAUCGCAAUUUUCCAAAAUAAACAAACAAUGGUAGAACAAAUAUUCAUAGAAAGAAGUUACGUCAAUUUCCGCCGGAAGCGGAAACGGCAACAAACAACCACAAAGGAUAAAGAUAGAGAUAGAGAUAAAGAUUAGCGUAAAUGGGAGGAUUUAAACAAUUAUUAGGCUAAAUGAAAUAUACUAUUAAAACCUAUGUACCAUACGUUGUGCGUAAUGCCCAAACUAAACGUGAUAAAAGACUGUUACCAACUACAUACACACAUACAUAAUACCAAGAUGGAAACACCCGUAAAUCUAUAACUAAAACGUAAACUUAAAUCGGCAUAGUUUCGCAUAAAGAUGAAAUAUAUACAUAUAUAACAAAUAUUCAUACGCGCACUUAGAGGAGGCGUGGCAUAGUCUAAUUACAUUUACUGUACGAACACUUUUUAUAGAUGUUUAAUGUUGUUAUGGUUAAGUUAAAUCCGGAUGAAUCGAUGGAUUUUGGCCAAGCACGGUGCACUGCAUAUAACAAGUGAGCCAAGUACAAUUUACACAUAUAUAUACAUAAUUAGAUGCAUAUAUGGUUCGAUGUAAACUAAUAAAUCGAUGUAAAAGCGUAAAAACGGAAGUUAAGAAACCACACACCCACACACACACACACAAAAACCAGAAAAAGCUGAGGCGAAAAAAAUAUGAGAACUCUGUUAAAUGUUUGUUAUGCAUUUGUUUUUUUUUUAUCUAAAUUAAUAUUAAACUAAUGUAUUAGUGAAUAAACUUGUGUACCUACAUACAAAACAAUGACAAA